AUGUCUUCAUCCAACAGUAACAUCAACCACCGUGGACAUCAGCUGCUCCAUCACAACUCGCAAGAAGUACGACAUCGCACUUCUUCUUCCAUCUCGUCCAGCGGCAAGAACGACGCGUCUUCAUUGUUCAUCGAAGAUCGGAGAGGGGAUAGACGGAACGUCGAAUUCGCCGCACCAGAUCGCUAUGCCGUCCCACGAUACUACACCGUUGGAGGCGGUGCACUAAUUGGUCUCGGUCCCAAUUAUCGCAUUAUUUCCAAGUCUGAUACUCGGCGUGAGGUGCAGAAUAUUGGACUGGAUUCGGGAAGAAAGUCGCGCAAGCAAUCUCUUCUCGCCGGCCUUACUGAGGACGAUGACUCGCUCAUCAAAGUCCACAGUAGUCCCAGUCAAGAUGACGACCUUCAACGAGAUUUUUUGAGGUUUUCCCAUGGUCGGCCGAGGAAGCGGCGACGCUUCUCGAAUGACCUGGGUGGGAGUGCUUCCUCGGCUGAGUCCGCCAGUGACUCCUCGGAUGGAGAACGUAGACAGCGUGAGAAACCCGAGCAAGAUACCUUUGAUGCUUUCAAAAAUGACCCUGUUCACCGGCGUCACAUGGAACUUUCCCGGGCUACCAGUGAACGACCUCAAGAUGUCAAUGCGUGGCUCACCUUCAUCAAAUACCAAGAAAUCUCCUUCAGUGCCCGCCGCGAACAUCGUAGUACGCACAGUGCGGCAACAUCGCGGAGUCUCGCCGAUCUCAGGAUUUCGUUAUAUGAACAAGCACUAUCUCACGUCAAGGAUCCUGCCGGCCGACAUGCUCUGAUCCUGGGUCUCAUGCAAGAGGGCAGCACAAUCUGGGACGUUCAGAAGCAGGCCUCCCAGUGGCAAGUUUUCCUCGACAAAGACUCGUCCUAUGACUUGUGGAUACUGUAUUUGAAUUUCAUGCAGAGCAGUGCUUUGAAGUUCAACUUGGAUACAUGCCUGCAGGUGUACAAAAGGUGUCUGACAAAAUUCUCUUCAUCCGGACAUGAUGGUCCUUUAAGAGAUUCGCAGUGUGUCUACCUCCUCCUCCGCCUGACCUUGCUUCUUUGGCAGUCUGGUUUCACCGAGCGGGCUCUUGGUGUCUGGCAGGCGAUGAUAGAGUUUAACCUCUUUCGACCUUCUCAACUGUCAACCGACAUGGUCAUGUCGGCAUUUGAACAAUUUUGGUCUUCCGAAGUGCCACGGGUUGGGGAGGAUGGAGCUACAGGCUGGUGUUCAAACUCGAAUACCGAACCGGAACCAAAAGUCGACAAACAACCUCCCGAGGUUGCCGUGCACAAUCUCACGACCUGGGCAAGGGCCGAGACUGAUCUUGAGAAACAUGCGAGUCUGCCGGCCAGAGCCCUUGACGAUGUCCCUGAUGAUGACCCAUAUCGGAUCCUUUUGUUUUCUGAUAUUCAAGAUUUCGUCUUCUCAAUCGAAUCGAAACAGGGACUCGAACUUCUUCGAGAUGCAUUCUUGUUGUUCCUUGGUCUGCCACCAUGUCAUCUUCUUCUCCAUGAACCUCGUCAAUGGAAAGAAGAUCCGUUCAUCUAUACUCCGAGUCUUGCUGUGUCGAAUCCAGACAUCUCGACCAGGACACACGCCGACACUACUACUGUCGUCGCCACUUCACUCCAUGAUGUCUUUGGUACCGUCAAAUCGUCAAUGGCGUCCUCGGACUCAAACACGAUGCCAUCUCCUUCUUCCUCCUCCAAGCGACCGGUGCAUGUCGUGUUGGAUCUUGUCCGGCGAGCUGUCUCUCAGACCGCACGCGUCGCGUCGAAGAAUGCUACCCCGGAUGAAGAUAUGAUGGAGUACGCCAUUGCCCUCGAAGCCGGUAUCGAUUUCAAAUCGGCCAGGAAACAGGCAAAGUCGUUCCUCAAGAAGAACCCCGACAGCCUCCGCCUGUACAACGUGUAUGCCUUGGUCGAGAAUGAAGCCGCCGGUAACUUUGAGGCCGCAGAAAAGGUAUGGUCGACCGCCUUGUCCAUGCGCCAGCCAGACCUACCUUUUGGAAACCAGCGACGGGACAGGGACACGUUGAUGUUGUGGUGGGACUGGGUCUUCUCGUCCAUGAAGCGAAAACGGUUCCAGCAUGCUCGAACUCUACUCAGCAUGAUAACCGACAAGCCUUUUGAUCUUGACCGGUUUCGACAAGCCGAAACCUCGGAGGAUAUUACGCAUAUGCCGUCCGCGGCCAAUCAGGUCAAGACGGAACGGUACCUGCGAUUGGAAUUUUCGGCUUGUCGAGUAUCUCGUGAAGGUCGGAUGUUGUUGUCAGUUGUUGCCGACCUUUUGGCUCUACACAAAUACCUCUACGGCACGUUACGCCUUGGAGACGCAAUGGAAGCAUACCGUGACCUUUUGCAGGAGGUCAAAUUGAACGAGACGGAGGAGAUGGAUACCGUGUCGGAAAAAAUCCACCAAGGUCGAGCACAGUUUGUCCAUGCCCAUUCGGCCGUCUACGCACAACCAUACAGACCGAGAGAGUCAUGGCAGGUCAUUGCGGAUUCGACGAGACUGUUUCCCAACAACCGGACGUUGCUCACUCUGCAUCAUUACUUUUCACAAAAGUCGGGGUUGGUAGAUCGUCUUCGGCAGGUGGACAUCGACGCCGACACCACUACUCCUGCCGACGGGGUUGAAGCGGUCACGGCGGAGGCCGCGACCAUACCACCACGGCGGGGCGAGGAAAACAAGGUCACUUCUGUCGAGUUCAAUCUCGAGGUUGAACUCAACAGGCCCUCUUACGCGGGUAGUACGGACCACAGUAUCCGAGCGGCAUUCAGACGAGCCACGGACCAGAACUCGCCUGGGUUUCACUGUAUCGAUAUAUGGAAAUCGUAUAUCAAAUGGGAAAGUAGUCUGAGGAGUCUUGUUGUUGGUCUCGACGUUUUGGAGGAUGACGAGGAGCAACAGCAGCACAAAAAGAAGAAGCACGCCCAGCAAACGCGGCAGCACCAAAACCAGCAACAACAGAAACAACGACUCACAAACCUGACAGGCGCGUUUUAUGCCGCAAUCAGAGCUUGUCCUUGGUCCAAGGAGUUGUACAUGGUCGCUUUUGCGGAUGAUUAUUUGGUCGCGGCACUGGGAAACGAUGAUGGUCUCAAGAGGUUACAUGAGAGCAUGAUGGACCGAGGUCUCAGAUUGCGUACAAACAUUUCUUGAACCUGGCAUGACAUGAAAAACGGUCGAGCAACAUUCCAGUGCUCUCAAAACUUUUUAAAUUUCUCAUUCAUUUAUUAUACCUCGCUCUUCGUAUCAAGAAACGCCGUCUGAGAGAGGUAAUCCCGGGGAAACUAAUCGAUCGGUCACCACUAUAACCCGGAAUCGAUUUGAUCAAUCGGUCCGAGACUCGUAUAUUGACCCCAAGUCGUACACAUGUCAUUAAAUCCGCCGGGCGUGUUUGUGGGAAUGUCAUUUGGUCGUUCCUAAAUUUCAGAGACCAACAUUAGUAUUUGUUCAGUCAGACCAAACCUCCUCGGCAGGGGUUGCACAAAAACCAAAAAGAGACGAGAACAAAAACUCACCAAAAUAUUGAUAUACAACCCACCACUGACAUGCCAAGCGAUGUGACAAUGAAAAGGCCACAUUCCAGGGUUAUCCGCGUCGAACUGCAUCACCAAAUACCCGGGGUUCCCACUCGCGUCGACCGGGCGGAGAAGUUGAGUGUCUCGUCGUGCAGGAUUACUAGGAUUGACCACGGUGCCGUCCCAAGUACCCGUGCCCUCGGCCAGCACGUGCAUGUUGUGUCC